GUUUCAAUUGAUGGACAUAAAUUAGACAUCCGGAACGGAAAGAUUGAAUAAAAAUAUCGAAAUAAAGGCUUCAAUAAUUUAUUGCAUUUUUGUGAUCAAAAGUAAAUUCGGAUAAUAUUUGAUGAUAAAAAAAAUCUAGUGAUAGGAUUCAAUGAGUGGCACUGACAGCAAUCUAGUUUGAAGUGAAAUUGUGAAAAUAUGAAAAAAUAAUAGAAAAUUGUGUUCGAAAGUCAUUAACAAUUUAAACCUUAAGCAUAACAAAAUAUACCAAAAAAAAAUAUAUAUUUUGUGGAUAAAAAGCAAUGAUUGAUCAGCAACCAGCAUCAGGAUUUCCAUUUUUUCCCAUUGAAAUGAAAUGUUCUACGGCACAGCAAUCUCAAAUUGCGAUAUCAAAUGAAAAUUGUAACAAUUUGAAUAGCAACACAGCAAAUAGUAAUCAUUUAGCAUCCACUUCCAUAUCCGGAAUAGUUGAUAGUUCAGGUAUAAUGACGCAAAUAAAUCCAUCGCCAAUAUUGCAACAGCAAACAAAUCAUAUAGGAAAUUCAAAUGUUUUGUCACCAUCCGAUAAUCAUCAUCAUCAUAAUCAUCAUAAAUCACCAUUGUCCAGUGGAACGACAUCAACAGGUUCUGCAAUAACAUCAACACCAAUAGCAUCGAUGACAAAUGUAAUUUGUGGUGGAUGCAUGCAACCAAUAUGUGAUCGAUAUAUUAUGAAAGUAGUCGAGACAGCCUACCAUGAAAGGUGCUUACAAUGCAUAUCAUGCUGUUGCAAUCUUAACAAUACAUGCUAUCAACGCGAUAAUAAAUUAUUUUGCCGCAAAGAUUAUGAGAGACUCUUUGUUAAAAAUCGUUGUCUCGGAUGUGCAGAGAAAAUUGGUAGCGAUGAGCUUGUAAUGCGAGCUGUCGACAAUGUGUUCCAUUUGAAAUGCUUUAUCUGUGUGGUGUGCGGAAUGAGAUUACAGAAAGGCGAUCAAUAUGUCGUUAAACAAAGUCAACUUUUCUGUCGCCCCGAUUAUGAAAAGGAAGUUGAGAUGCUUCAAGGCUAUAAUUAUGACGACUACUGCUGUGAGGAUAUUUAUCAUACACGAAUGGAUGGCAGAAGAGGGCCAAAACGUCCUAGGACAAUAUUGACAACUCAACAGCGGAGAGCAUUUAAAGCAUCGUUCGAUGUUUCACCGAAGCCAUGUAGGAAGGUUAGAGAAACUUUAGCAAAAGAUACUGGGCUUUCAAUACGGAUCGUUCAGGUGUGGUUUCAAAACCAACGAGCAAAAGUAAAAAAGAUUCAAAAGAAGCAAUUAAAAGAAGGCACAAAACCAAAAGACACUGAGUCACAAGAGGAAUCAGAAAACGAAAGUAAACUUUCUCUCAAGAUUAAAGACGAAAAUUCAAGGUCAAAUCAAUACUUACAAGACAGCUGUAGCGAUACGGAAGGUGGAUUAUGCGAUACAGAUUCAUUUGGAUCGCGUUUAUCAGGUAAUGGAAGUAGCAGUAUAAUCCCAACAGAACUCAAGCAUAUUAAAGAAGAGAUUGACAAUGACGAUGAAUAUUUUCGAUUGUUGGCUAAUCAAACCAGAUCCAUGAGACAUUUAGAUGAUGGAACAACAGUCACGAGUAUUAAGAGUGAGACAUUAUCAUACAAUAAUGGUAAUAUGGUUGGAAUGGAUUUCCAGGCACUUCAACAGCUAUCAGCCAAUUUAGCGCCUUCAAAUCAUCUCCUUAAUCCAAUAGAUCGCUUAUAUUCAAUGCAAAAUCAAUAUUUUUGUAAUGAGAACAUGCAACCAAAUAAUAUUAAUCAUCUUCAUCACCAGCAUCAUCAUCAAAUGUGUGAAUAAAUACAGCCAUAAUAUGUUGAUGUAUAAAAAAAUAAUUUUAUAUCUGAAUGUUAGAGUAAUGAUGCUUAAUUUAUAUUAAUGAAUCACAAAAUGUAUAAAUUUUGUGUCAAUAAAAUUCAAAUCGUCAGG